UUUAUAUAUCCACAUAUUUUUUCUUUUUUUUUUUCAAUUUAGAGAGAUUAUAUAAAUCAACUCACUUCCUUUCCCCCCCCCUUUUUUUUUAUUCUUAUAAUGAGUUAUGGUAUAAAAACAGUCGGAUUAAUCUUUACAAGGAAAAAAAUCGUUCGUUCAGGCUUUAUAGGACUCGAAGAAUAUGCAAUUAAACGAAAUAUUCGUAUUAUUCAUAUUGAUAUCUCGAAACCUUUUGAAGAACAAGGAAAAUUAGACUUGAUCGUACACAAGAUGACUGAUCUUGUUGCAAAAAUAGACCGCGGUGAUAUUGAGGCAAAAAAGUUAUAUGACAAUUUUAUUGAAUAUAGUAAAAGGCAUCCAGAGGUGAUUAUUAUUGAUGCUUGGAUAAAUAUUGAAAAGGUAUUGGAUAGAAUGCAUUUAUACCAUCAUACACAAACAUGUUCAGAAAAGGAGAUAUUAGAUGGUCAACCAUUAUUUCAUGUACCAAAAAGUAUGGCUUUAGAUUCUAUAAAAGAUUGGAAUACGAAAGAUACAGCAGAGAUAAAUUUUCCAGUAAUGUGUAAACGUAGGACAGCUUGUUCUUCAACUGAGGCUCAUCAAAUGACUCUUAUACCCUCUAAACAAGGCAUGGCAAAAUUAGAAAUGUUUGUAAAGAAUGACUCGGUUAUGUUGCAAGAAUUUAUUCAACAUGACGGCGUAAUAGUUAAAGUUUACGUAGCAGAUGGACAAAUUACUGCAUCAACUAGACCUUCAUUUAAAAAUUUGGAUAAAACUGGAGAUGUAGUCCAUUUUGAUAGUCAAACAUUACCAAAGAGCUUCGAGACAGAAAUUGAACUUUCAGAUGAACUUGACAAAGUCUUUUUAAGGUCUGAUCCAAAUAAUGUUCAUGGAUAUAAAGAAUCGAUUUUGGAUAAUAAUAGAUUACAAAAGAUAGCAGACAGCUUGCAACUUCAAUUGGGACUCACUUUCUUUGGCUUUGAUGUCUUGUUAGAAUCACAAACCAAUCAUUAUUAUGUAGUGGAUGUCAAUUAUUUUCCAAGCUUUAAGGAUGUAGAUAAUUUCCAUUCCAUGUUUGUAGACAUAUUGGAAAAGAGGUUAAUGCUACAAAAAUAAAAACUCGCUUUCAUCGUUGCAACUCAUUGUUAUUUGAAUAGUUAAAAAAAAAUUGGUUUUACUAUAAUAAAAUUCCCUUUGUUUGUUUAGUCUUAAUAUAAAAAAAAAAUCUUUAAAGAUGUACCAAC